AUGGACCAAGAAGAAGAGGUCGAGGCAUCCAUCUUGCCACCAAGCUCUCCUCAUGCAGUCCCUGCAAAGAGGAAGCGGAAUUCGAAAUCGUCCACUCUGCCCACGGCACUCGAGGGGGCGAUCCCGAGCAAACCAAAGAAGAAACGAGCCAAGUUGGCAAAGGGGUCCGAUGAACCCGCUGCUAAUGUGGCAGAUAUAGCUAGCCUCGUUGACGGACCGCACGAGGCUGGAUCUGGAGCUAGGAAGGAUCUGGAGUCGAGCGGGGUCAUGGCCGGUCCGACUACCAUUCGAAUCAAGCUACCAAAGAGGCCUGACGAAGCGGCAUCGACGACGACCGACAUGAUCUUGGACGAGCUGGAGGAUGACGGGGAUAUGAGGGCUGGCACGACGGAACAGGCUGGCGUUCCCAGGCUACGGGAAUUGACCGACGAUAGCUGGGGAACUCCUCCGCCUGCUCCCAAUCGGGAGGACCAGAUGACGGACGGUACAGAAGGUGGGAACGUCCCCCCACCUCAAUCCGAUCGCUCUUUUCCCUCAAACUCUAUCCCGGGAUCUUCAAACAUCGCCUUGCCGCCGCCUCCUGCUCUUCACGGUACAUUCGCUCAACAACGGAUGAACAUGUUGCGUAACCUUAGGUUCAAGGGCGAUCCCAACACGCCGUUCGUCAACUCUGGCUCACCUCCCAUCUCGCAUUCUUCCACCCCACCUCGUACCACCGCUCCACCUAUGGCUCAUCCGCAUGUCCGCGCCCAUGCAGCCGAAUGGCAGGCCCAUCAGUCCCCAGAGUCAGAACACGCUCGAAUCAACGCUCGAUACACUCCUGGACGCUCGCAGGGGGACGAGGCGGAAUUCUACCUUGGAGCCGGGAACAGCCGAGCCCCGAGCGAAGAAACGGGCCAUCCGCAUCCUCGAUCAGACUCUCCUCUACCCCGUCAUGCCGAGCACGACCUGCAUCGAGGUCCCGGAUCGUCUUUCAUGACCAACUACCCAGACUACCCAAUCCUUGCUGGUAGUGGAACACCUGGAGAGUACGAAGGUGACCCGUACGAUAAUCCCGAUCUACAGGGACAGUACAAGACAGCGUUCCGGCCCGAACCGCCCAAGAAGAAACAGGUCAAGAAGAAACGAAGCAUCCGGCCUGUCCCAGGGUUGGAAGGUGCGGAGGGAUCGGUGGAUGGGUCGAUCAUGGGAAUGGAGCAUGAAGGUACACCAGGCGGGACGGAGAAUGGAGAAGCAGGGGCGGCACCGGUCAAGAAAAGGAGGAGGAUGGCCAAGCCGCCCGGGACGGAGGAUGCUAACAGCGUAGGAACAUGGAGACGAGGAUUGAAGAAGGGUGAAACUCGCGCCCAUGCGAUCGCCAAGUUUAGGGAGAACAACCCGGGUCAACCUCUCCCACCCGGGUGGGACUUUCCCGCUCCGCCUACGGAAAAGCCUGCCAAACCCGCAGCUGUCAGAAUGAUCUCGUUCAGAAAGGAGCCUACGCCACCUCCCCGGGAGCCGAAGGGCGAUAUCUUGAGCUAUGUCUCGGUACAACAGAGUCUUGCCCCAGCAUCUGGAGAGGAGGACCUGCUGGCCGAGAACAAACAGGAUAUCGUCGUGACGAGCGAACCUUCCAAACCAGUCGCCACUGCCUUGAAGAUCGACGUUACAAAAGCAGACGAGACCGACUUUGAAAAGCUCGGUAUCGACGUCGGAGCGCCGCUGCAAGAUCCCGAAGCAGUUGCCAUACCGGCCAAUAUAGGUCACCCGGUCUUUCGGCAUCAUGUCGAGAUGCAAGGCUUGCCUGUUCUCAAGGCGGUCGAUCCGAGCAAGGUUGUCAAAGAACGGGAUAUCGUUUGUCCGCGAGAGUUGAAGGAAAACCUCGCGGGUCAACCGAGACGAUUUGUCCAAAAAGAACUCUCGGUGACGGGUAUUGGGGGAUAUCAGCUGAAGUUCAAGACCUGGACAGGAGACACGGGCAAGUCGACCUGGCGCGCUCAACGGGACGAGCGAUUCGCCGAACAACAGAGAGCAGCAGAAGAAGCGAUGAUGAACGACCCUUCGAUGCUCGGACCAGAUGGAACACCUUUGGCUGGUGUGGAAGGCACCUUUGACGAGAACGGAUUCUUCAUUCCUGCAGCAACAUCCGCACCGACCAAGGGCAAGCGGGGCGGUGGUCUCACCAAGACGGGCAAACAGAGAAAACCCUGGACAAAGAAGGCGGACAAGGGCGAUGCCAACAAGAGGAUAUUGGAUUCGCUUAAACGGCAGGAGGGCAGUCCUUCGGUCAUGGGAACCCCUGAUAUAGGCACCGCUGCGGUCAAUAGCGAGGUGGCUUCCUCACCGGCACCCAUGCCGGAGCACGAUGAUACGAUCAUAUCGCAGGCAGACUAUAGCCGGCCCCCGAGCCCUAUGGCUGGGUUGAGCGUAGCAGGAGACGACGUAGAUGCCGAGAUGGAGGAUCUCUUGUAA